GGCGCACACCGUCCCGAGUCUUCAGUCAGUCUUCGGAUGGCGGAGUGUAAAUCGUGUGAAUCGUUAAGGUUGUGUGUCUCCUCUCUCUCUCUCUCUUGCGCUCUCCCACCCCAGGCACCCCCCUUUUACUCCACCGACCCGUCAAUAUUUCUUCCGUCGUGUAAACAAACGCGACGACAUUUUUCUAUCACUACAGGUCGAACAAACGAUCUGUAGUUUAUCGUCUCUCGUUACUAUAUUAUAAUCGACGAAUUUGCUUUAACCGCGUAAUUCGCCGAACAAAUAUAUACUAUAUAUUAUAUUUAUAUAUAUAUAUAUAUAUAUAUAUAUAUGAUAUAUAAGGAGAAAUUAAAAAAAGAUAAAAAAACAAGAAAGAGACAGAGCAUAAAAGAACAUUAGUGAAAUGGAGUGACAGUUUACGUACUCUCUUAAUGUGAAUUUUUUUUAUUUCUUAUUUUGUUUCUUUUUUUUUCCUUCCUUCUUUCUUUCUUUCUUUCUUCCCCGAAAAGAAGUUUAACAAACAUGAAAAUCUACGUCGAGCGUGGACAGAAACAACAUGAGGGAUAACGCCGGGGAAGAUCUUAACGGUUAGACGAAUCUUGGGCGGAUUUAAGAAGACAAUUAUCGAAAGAUUUUUUCGACACGAGUAAAGAAUGGGAAGGGGUAGAUGACUGGUAGGAUGAGAGAGAAGAAGGGAAAGGAGCAAAAUGAAAGAGAAAGAAAAAAAAAAGAAAAAUUGCCAGAUUCAAGGCAGCUUGAUUCGAUCAGGAUGGAGCUACGGUGGUCCCUGUACUGCACAAUGAUGUUGCAGACUUUCAUAGUAGCUUUACACGCUAUCGACGACUUUCGGCAUAUUUCUUACGAAGAUCUUGUGGACGGGAGUAUGUUCCGCGAAGAAGGUGUGACGACAUAUUCGCAGCUGCUUUUCGACGUUGCUAGACAGCAGGUCGUCGUUGGUGCACGAGACAAUCUCUACCGCUUAACGUUGACGUCUCUAACACCUUUGGAACACGCCUCCUGGACCGCACCGGAAGAUAAAAUAAAUACCUGUCAGAACAAGGGCCAAAGCCCCGAGGAUUGUCACAAUUACAUAAAGGUACUUCUCAGCAAUGGCAAAAGUCUAUUCACCUGCGGUACUUACGCGUUCAGUCCUUGGUGCACCUGGAGAGAGAUCGAGAAUAUAACAAGCGUGACGAGCGAAAUGUCAGGCGUGGCGAUGUGUCCGUAUUCACCGCAUGCCAACGUCACCGCACUUUUGGCUAGAGGUCCAUCCGGUGGACUCUUCGCUGGGGCACCAACUGAUUUUUCUGGAUCCGAUCCUGCGAUCUACAGGACUCUCGCAUCACCAAAUCUCAGGACCCAUCAGUACGAUUCCAGAUGGCUGAAUGAUCCACAAUUCGUUGGUAGCUUUGAGACCGAAGAUCACGUGUACUUUCUGUUUCGUGAAACCGCAGUGGAAUAUAUCAAUUGUGGCAAGAAAAUAUAUUCGAGGAUAGCUCGGGUUUGCAAGAACGAUCGAGGCGGACAGAUCAUGAUGAAGGAUGUCUGGAUGACUUUCAGCAAAGCUCGCUUGAAUUGUUCCCUUCCGGGCGAGUUCCCUUUCUAUUACGAUGAGAUUCAGGGUGCUGUCUAUCAUCCAGAAGAAAGGAUAGUCUAUGCGACUUUCACGACUCCGAUUAACGGCAUAGCUGGCUCGGCGAUCUGUGCCUUCAAUAUGUCCAGUAUCGUAGCAAGCUUCAAUGGACCUUUCAAACAUCAAGAGAACUUAGGAGCCGCAUGGGAAAGGCGACCUGUUCCUCAUCACAACAGGGAACAUUGUGCAUCACCAUCGAACACGGCACCUCAUUUGAUAAUCGAUAAUCAAAGGUACCAAUUGAUGGACGAUGCUGUCCAAAGCUCCACGUUGACGCCAUUACACACCGUAACAUUGGAGAGAUUCACGCAGAUCGCUGUCGAUCUUACACCAACUAAAUUACAUCGUGGCGUAACCGUAUUAUAUGUUGCAACGACCGAGAGAUUGAUAAAGAAAAUAUCUGUACUUCCGAGGACUCAAGAAACUUGCGUAGUUGAGAUAUGGGGUCCACUUCCAUCGAUGCCAACCACAUUGCAAUUCUUAAAAGACACGCAAAGUUUAUACGUUGGCAUGGAAAUUGGUUUGUUGAGAAUACCAGCAGUUCAAUGUCAUCGUCAUCGCAGUCGUCAGGCAUGCUUGAACGCGCAAGAACCAUAUUGCGGUUGGAACGAACACUUGAUGAAGUGCGCCCAAGCACCUAAGCAAAAUCAUCUUGCCACUCACUGGCAUCAGGAGGUUACGAAAUGUCCAGUUCUCACUGAUCCAGUCGAUGGUGGUUGGAGUGCAUGGAGUGCCUGGUCGGCCUGUCAACAUGGCACUGGAGAACAGUCGUCUCAUGGUCAUUCUCAUACACACUCCUACUUUGAUCACGAAGAGAUCACCGAUACUUGUCAAUGCCAGACUAGAGAGUGCAACAAUCCACCUCCACAGCAUGGUGGUACAAGUUGUGUUGGAGCACGCGUUAGAGUGACCAACUGUACAGUUCAUGGCGGUUGGACAACCUGGUCAGCUUGGUCAGCCUGUUCUCAAACUUGCGGCUUCGCUAUGAAAACACGUAGACGUAGUUGUACGAAUCCCUCUCCAGCUUUCGGUGGCCGAGUCUGCGUAGGACACGAUCACGAUGACAUCGUAUGUAUCGAUCUACCACCUUGUCCUACGCCAGCGAAAGUUACUCCACCGCCUCAAAAUGGACAAUGGUCUUCUUGGGGCGCAUGGAACGCCUGUAGUCGGCCAUGCAACGGAGGCUUUCGAAUUAGAAGAAGAACCUGUGACAAUCCCUCGCCUAGGAAAGGUGGUGCCGAAUGCAUCGGAUGUGAUUUUCAGGUCGAGGAAUGCAACAUUCAGCAAUGCGGAGAGACUAGAAGAUAUUCAGGGUGGACACCUUGGUUAGCCGUGAACGCAUCGAUACAAAAUGGAAGCGUGGGUUAUACUGAAAAGCGUUUCAGAUUUAGCUGUCGUGCACAAACGGACGAUCCCUCAAGCGUGAGAGUUCAAUUUGCGAAAGAGGAGGAACGUUAUUGUAGAGACGAUGGUUCCUGUUUGCGAACGAACAUCAACGGGUACGGAGAUAGUGUGGUCGAAAGCGGUUGGAGCGAGUGGUCAACUUGGUAUCCUUGCGAUCGACCUUGUGGAGGGGGCUCACAGCGUAGAAGAAGACAAUGCGAGUCACCACCUUGCGAGGGAAUAUCCGUACAAACGAGAAUAUGUAACAUUCAUCCAUGUAGAACAACAACUUUCGGAAGUGGCGUAGUAGAAGGACAAUGGUCCUGUUGGACUGACUGGUCCGAAUGUUCGGCUUCUUGCGGUGUUGGCGUUCGUACGAGGACAAGGGAAUGCAUCGGACCAGAGAGUUGUGACGGACCCAGACUCGUAAGAGAAACCUGCGAAAUGCCUAGCUGCGAGUCCUUACUAGGCUGGGAUACAUGGUCCCGUUGGACCCCGUGCGAUAACGAUCGUCAACAACAUCGAAAACGUCAGUGUCUUCAACAUGGUAAUGGAAUGUGUCAAGGACUCAAUCGGGAAACUCGAGAUUGUCUUACGGAUUGCACGGACAACGACGUAAACGCUUUGCCAUCCAGCGUAGAAAGUGCCAGCGUGUCGGUAGGAGCUGUCGUGGGUAGUUGCAUCGUUGGAUUUUUCAUCGGAUUAGCUCUAACAGCGGUUCUCUGCUUCUAUUAUUUGAAACGAAGAAAACCUCGUGUACCAGGAAGUCCUCAUUACAUCAGUAAGCAAAAUCCUUACGUCACAGUGCCAUUAAAGGAGGUAAACGCCAAGAGACAACCUAGUUUUUCCGGUAGUACGAACGGAAACGGUACACUUCGUGGAAAAAGUAAUCCGAACGUGAACGGCCUUGGAAGUCCAAAAUUAUAUCCGAAAAGUUUGGAAUACGAAUCCGCGACAUUGAAACGUAAUAGUCACGGUCAACAACACAUUCGUGCUGAUCUCGAUCAGGACAAGUACUACUGAACGAACAAUCGACCGUAUUAACAUCGUUUUGAUAGUAUUACUUCGUUUGACAUUAACGAAUAAUGAUCAUCAAGGAACGUUGAUAAGAAAAAGAAAUAAUGAUUUCUUUUUUCUUCUCUUAACACAUUCGCUGCGUCUCCAAAAAGAAAAGAAAGAAAAAAAACAACAAAUACCUUCGCUAGGUACGGUUUACAAUUUUCUUUUUUUUUCUUUUGGAUUCAGUUCAAGAUAUUGUUUAUGUAUUACGCCAAACGGGGAUCACGCGCAUCGUAGGAAAUUUCAAAACAAUUUCGUUAAUUGUUUCGCGGUUAUUUAAAUCCUCAACAAUCGGGCGAAUGUGUUAAUCGUGUUAAUCGUCAGGUCACUGUGAAAGGGACCAAAAAGAAACACACAAACAAAAAAAAAGAACAACAUAUCAGGUAUAUUAUCGUUUUAUACAAGAACGUAAAAGCAAUACAUUAAGUGCACUUCGCAGAGUAUCUACUUAAUUAAAGUAAUUACUUACAAUGAAAUCGGUGCGUCUGAUUUGCGUAUGAUAAGAAAAAAAAAAAGAAGAAAAGAACGAAUUUAAUCUCAUGCGCUUUUUUUUACGAAAACGAACGAAUAAACCCUGAGAAGCCUAAUCUUAUGAAUCAUCACGUAGACGCCUUAGACGGUUGAUACAUUCGAUUGAUAUAUAGCGUGUAAUAUGGGACAAAUAUUUUUUACGAGAGAAUAUUUACAUAUAGUUUAUUUUUUAUUUUUUCUUGUAAAUACGUGAAGAAAAAACCGUGUGCGUGUGCGUGUGCGAUACGAAUGUGCGUGUUACAAAGUGAGUGAUAAAAUGUGUCUUUGAUAUGAUAAAUAUGUAUUUGGAAGCUAUAUUUGUACAAAGAAGUUUCGGGCGUUUUAUAUACCAAUCGAGGCUGAGAUUCCGUCAAACGUAAAGGAAUGUACAUACGAUAUAUUAACGAAUAUUUUCUUCUUUUUUUUAUUUUUAUUUUUUUUAUUUUUUCAUGAUAGAAAGAAAAAAGAGGAUUUUUGAUACCGAAUAACGUAGUGCCAUGAGUUUGUACAUAUAGGACGCGUUUUUAAAAAUAUUACUUAUAUAUAUAUAUAUAGUCACGUGAAGAAACGAUUUAAGUGUAUGUUUGACAAUAUACAUAUAUAUAUAUUUCCACGUAACUUUACAUUGACUUUCGUCUGGGUUACGUUUUGCUAUUGGCUCAUAUUGAGUCGUAAAUGCGAGUUUUGAAUUACGUUUAAGGGAACAAUCGCAAGAAAAAAAAAAUAACGAUAUGCCUUAUUGCCUGUCGUAAUUGAUCAUUUUAUGCGAGAAAAAUGUCGAAUGAUAAUUUUAUAACGAUUGUAUUUUGUAAUAGUUGCGUAUUAUUUAACGACUUGUUUGAAAAAGAAAUGAUUAAAACUCUCUGUACUUGAUUACGAGUAAUUGAAAAUAGAGAGAGAGAAGGAAAGAGAGUAAAAGAGAAAGAGAAAGAAGAUAUACUUUCGUUACGAUUAGACUGUUAGAAAGAUCUCGGCAGUCUUUACUUUUUACAUCGAUAUUCUUCUAAGCUCCUUUACGAUCUUUAAUGCAGAUAAAAUAUUAACAAAUA